UGUACUCCUGCAUAAAAAACUGGUUAGGAAGUAAGAUACACAGAGGGAGAGAGAGAGAGAGAGAAGAAACGAAGAAACAAAUUUAUUUAUGAGAGGCCGAAACCCACUGAGACAUUGACUCGUACAUCAACUUUGUUUAUGAGAAACCGAAACCCACUGCGGCAUUGCCUCAUACAUCAUAACAUGGAGGAGAAGGAUCUCUCUCUCUCUAUCUCUAACAUAACAUAGACUGAUCGUCAUCUUCAUCCUUGUGUCUAUCAUGACCACUCUCUCCUCCUCUUCAAUAUUCAUCGGAGGUUCGCAGUCCUGCCACUCCGAGGAAGUUUGCUGCUCUUUGUGGAUCAAACCAUCUUUUGAAGCCCACAAAAGUUUCUCGGGGAGCAAGCACAGGACUUCUCCUGAUCAUUGUAGCGUGAGCUUUAGAUGCAAGAAUCCCCUGUUUGGGGCUGCAAACUCUCAUUUGUUGCCCAUAGGGCAUGAGCUGUCCUCGUCAAAGGUUUGUGUUGCUGCAGAUUACUCAGAUUCGUUUCCUGAUGCAUCUAAUUACAGGAGGGAUUCAGGUUACCAUCCUCUCGAAGAAAUAAAGGACUUCAACAGGAGGAGAGAUACCGUGCUUACUGAUGCUGAAAUAGCCAGGACUGCUGUUGAGGCUAAUAGCAGUGCUUUGCUAAUAUUCCCGGCUGCUGUGCAUCGAGAACCACAUGAGCAUCUCUCCUGGGCUGAAUUUCAGUAUGUCAUUGAUGAUUAUGGAGAUAUGUAUUUUGAGAUCUAUGAUGAUGAGAACAUCUUGCAAAACCGUGGGGCGAGUAAUCUUGUGAAUGUUUUGAUAGGAUUAAACGAGGCGCAGGUGUAUGGUGAUAAUCAAAGAGUACUUAUUGAAAAUCUUGACGAUAUUUAUAGUGACAGUAGUUAUGAACUCGAUGUGGAAAUUGAUCUUGAUGAGACUGGUGUUUUCGAGUUCACUGGCACAGAUUUGGGGAUGCCAAAUACGAUGCUUCAGGUUCAUCCAAUGUACUUUGCAAAAUGUUUGACUAAGGCAGUUUAUGCAAAGCAUGCAGAGAAGAUGGACCACCCCACUAAUGGGCUUUCUAUAAUGGGACUUCUAAGGCCUGCUUUUGUGGAUGAAGAAUCUUAUUUAAGAAGGCUUUUUCACAGUGAUGAUAGUGAUGGCUACACUUCAGAUGGGAAAGAUGAAUCAGAACGAGAAGACGAAAAAGUGGCUUCCACAUACGACUUAAUUGAUGAUGGAUUUUUAAGAUUUCCCUCUGGUGAAGAUGGAGCUAGCAUGGGAUCAACCCUUUACAAGUUGGAGAUCAUUAGCAUUCAGUUGCACUCUAUAUAUGGGGAUCAGUCUGGGAUAAAUUUGGAAGAUUUCCAACAGGCUGAACCAGAUAUCCUUGUACAUUCUGCUUCAGCAAUAAUCGAACGGUUUAAUGAGUAUGGUAUGAAGUGUGAUGUUGCUCUUAAGACUCUCUGCAGAAAAAAGAAGGGCCUUAAAGUUGAGGGAGCAAAUCUUAUUAAUGUUGACAGCCUUGGCAUGGAUGUACGGGUUUUCUCUGGUGUUGAAGCCCAAACACUUCGGUUUUCAUUUAAUUCUCAAGCCACUUCUGAAAGUUCUGCUGAGAAGAAGAUCCGCCGCAUGCUGUUUCCUCGUUUUUAUCGCAAAAAUCCAAAACCAUCCAAUGAUGGGCAUAGAUAUUUAGACUCUUCUUGACGAGCUUUUCCUUCCCAUGAGCUUGUAAAAGAGUGAACUGAUUCAUCAAUUCUGAAUAGCUAUUAAAUAUAUAAAUUAUGUAGGUGUUCUCUAUU